GGCGGGAACUGAGGCGGCCGUGGACCUCGCCGGGAUCCGAGUCUACUGGGCCCGUUCCUCUCGACUUGGGGAACGCGGCGGAGGCCUCGCGACCACUUCCUCUCCCGGACAGCCCAGGAGCAAGCCGGCAGCGCGAGAAGGAAGCAGCAGCUGGGCAGCGUGAAGCAGCCAUGCAGGCCUUUCUCAAAGGCACGUCUCUCAGCACUAAACCCCCACCGGCCAAGGAUCGAGCAGUGACUGCAGCUGCAGGGAGCAGCGGAGAAGCCAAGAAGGCCAAACCCGUGCCCUGGGUGGAGAAAUAUCGCCCAAAGUGUGUGGAUGAAGUUGCCUUCCAGGAAGAAGUGGUUGCUGUGCUGAAAAAGUCUUUAGAAGGAGCUGAUCUUCCUAAUCUCUUAUUUUAUGGGCCACCUGGAACUGGGAAAACAUCCACUAUUUUGGCAGCAGCUAGAGAACUCUUUGGGCCUGAACUUUUUCGCUUAAGAGUCCUUGAAUUAAAUGCUUCAGAUGAACGUGGAAUACAAGUAGUUCGAGAGAAAGUGAAAAAUUUUGCUCAGUUAACUGUUUCAGGAAGCCGUUCAGAUGGGAAGCCGUGUCCUCCUUUUAAGAUUGUGAUUCUGGAUGAAGCAGAUUCUAUGACCUCAGCUGCUCAAGCAGCAUUACGACGCACCAUGGAGAAAGAGUCAAAAACCACCCGGUUCUGCCUCAUCUGUAACUAUGUCAGCCGAAUAAUAGAACCUCUGACCUCUAGGUGUUCAAAAUUCCGCUUCAAGCCCCUGUCAGAUAAAAUCCAACAGCAGCGAUUAUUGGAGAUUGCUGAGAAGGAAAAUGUUAUGAUUAGCAAUGAGGGAAUAGCUUAUCUUGUUAAAGUAUCAGAAGGAGACCUAAGAAAAGCCAUUACAUUUCUUCAAAGUGCUACUAGACUCACUGGUGGAAAGGAGGUCACAGACAACGUUAUCACAGACAUUGCUGGGGUGAUACCAUCAGGUACAAUUGAUGGAAUAUUUGCUGCAUGUCAGGGUGGCUCCUUUGACAGACUGGAAACUGUGGUAAAGAACUUAAUAGAUGAGGGUCAUGCAGCAACUCAGGUUGUAACUCAGCUUCAUGAUGUAGUUGUGGAAAACGCCAACCUUUCUGAUAAUCAAAAGUCCAUCAUUACAGAAAAACUUGCUGAAGUUGACAAGUGCCUGGCAGAUGGUGCGGAUGAACACUUGCAAUUGAUCAGUCUUUGUGCAACUGUGAUGCAGCAACUAACUCAAAACUGCUAAUGCUUAAUUUUUUAUGGCAAAAUAAAAAGUCAAGAACCUUAAAGUGAAUAUACAAUUUAUUUAACAUUCAAACU